UGAAACCAUUAUCCUGAUCUUUGAUGAAUUUAUUUCCUAAUUUUUGUCAAAAAUACAUAAGAUAUGUCGAGUCCAUCGGGUCGGACGACUCGACUUAGUGUUCGUCGAAUGAGACGGCGUCUGAGAAGACGAUCUAUUUCACCAUUACGGGGAACAACGGCUGCUGCAGCUCAUGCUAGUUGCCAAGAAGGAGAGAACAGCAAAACCCACACAUAUCACUUGAGGAGGAAAGCUGCACCAGCCAACCCUAGUCCAGGACCUAGUUCUUCUGCUCCCACCCCUGCCAAAAAAUCAAAGCGAGUCAAAACAGCUGAUGAUCCUACCAAAAACCCAGUGGGAGCCCACUAUCUCCAACACGAACUUCCAGAUGAAGUCCUCCUAGCCAUUUUUUCCUACCUCCUAGAGUAUGACUUAUGUAAUGUUGCACAAGUUUGCAAGCGGUUCAACUCAGUCAGUAAUGACACAGAAUUAUGGAAAAACCUAUACCAAAGUGUGUACAAUUAUGAUCUUCCAUUGAUUAACCCAGAACCAAAGAAGUUUGAAUUCAUACAGCCACAAGAUUCAGAAUAUCAAAACCCAUGGAAAGAAAGCUUCAAACAGUUGUAUCAUGGUUUACAUGUGCGACCCGGUUACUACCAACAGUAUGAGGGAAAUAGAGGACGAAAUCUCCUGUGUUUUGACACAAUAGAACAGGCAUAUAACUAUGCGGAUUCCGAGGAGAUGGAGAACACUUUAAUAUUCAUCCACACUGGUGUCUAUCAAGGAGAAUUCUUAGUCAUAGAUAAUAAUGUCAGCCUACUAGGAGCAGCUCCCGGCAAUGUCACAGAUCACGUGAUCAUUGAGCGGUUUAGUGAGUCCACCAUGAUGUUCAUCCAAGGUGCAAAAGAGGCGUAUCUAGGAUAUGUGGCUUUAAAGUUUUCGCCUGACAUUACUUCCUCUGUCCCUCACCAUAAACAUUACGCACUUGAAAUCCAAGAGAACUGUUCUCCAAUCAUCGACCAUUGUGUUAUCAGAAGCUCAUCAGUUGUUGGUGCUGCUGUGUGUGUGACUGGUCCUGGUGCUGAGCCAACUAUUCGACACUGUGAUAUCAGUGACUGUGAAAACGUGGGCUUGUACAUAACGGACUACGCCCACGGCAAUUAUGAGGACAAUGAAAUAAGUCGUAACGCACUCGCUGGGGUCUGGGUGAAGAAUCACGCCAAUCCAAUCAUGCGGAGAAACCACAUACAUCACGGGAGGGACGUCGGAAUAUUCACUUUUGACAACGGCAUGGGUUACUUCGAAGGCAAUGACAUUCACAAUAACAGAAUAGCAGGGUUUGAGGUGAAGGCUGGCGCGAAUCCUACGGUUGUGAGAUGUGAGGUCCACCACGGACAGACCGGUGGAAUAUACGUGCAUGAAAACGGACGAGGCCAGUUCAUAGAGAAUAAAAUACAUUCGAACAACUUUGCUGGUGUAUGGGUGACAUCGAAUAGUGAUCCCACAAUUAGGAAAAAUGAAAUCUACAACGGUCACCAGGGCGGGGUGUAUAUAUUUGGUGAAGGUCGCGGUCUUAUAGAAUACAAUAACAUCUAUGGUAACGCGUUGGCCGGUAUUCAGAUACGAACCAACAGUAAUCCAAUAGUUCGGCAUAACAAAAUCCACCAUGGACAACACGGCGGGAUCUAUGUGCAUGAGAAAGGUCAAGGUCUUAUUGAAGAGAACGAGGUCUAUUCCAAUACGUUAGCAGGCGUCUGGAUCACAACUGGGAGCACGCCGGUACUCAGACGCAAUCGAAUACACAGUGGCAAACAGGUUGGUGUCUAUUUCUAUGACAAUGGACAUGGCACUUUAGAGGACAAUGACAUCUUCAACCACUUAUAUUCUGGAGUUCAAAUACGAACUGGUAGCAAUCCACUUAUUAAGAAGAACAAGAUCUGGGGCGGACAAAACGGUGGUAUUCUAGUCUACAAUGGCGGACUGGGCAUCAUUGAACAAAAUGAAAUAUUUGACAAUGCCAUGGCAGGAGUGUGGAUUAAGACCGACAGUAAUCCUGUACUCAAGCACAACAAAAUCCACGACGGCCGGGAUGGCGGUAUCUGUAUAUUCAAUGGUGGAAAGGGUAUCUUAGAAGAAAACGACAUCUUCAGAAAUGCCCAAGCCGGUAUCUUAAUCAGCACACAAAGUCAUCCAGUCCUCCGGAGGAAUCGAAUCUUUGACGGUCUCGCUGCGGGAGUUGAGAUCACCAACAAUGCCACUGCCACAUUAGAAGGGAACAAAAUAUUCAACAAUAAGUUUGGUGGGCUGUGCCUUGCGAGUGGCGUCAGUCCAGUUCUGAAAGACAACAAAAUCUACGGUAAUCACAACAUGGUAGAGAAGGCGAUCGCCAGUGGCCAGUGUCUGUACAAGAUCUCCAGUUAUACAAGUUUUCCAAUGCAUGAUUUCUACAGAUGUCGAACAUGCAACACAACCGAUCGAAAUGCCAUAUGUGUGAACUGUAUCAAAACCUGCCAUGCUGGUCAUGAAGUAGAAUUCAUUCGUCAUGAUAGAUUUUUCUGCGACUGUGGAGCGGGAACGUUAUCGAAUCAGUGCCAAUUACAAGGGGAACCAACGCAGGAUACGGACACGCUGUAUGAUUCUGCAGCACCCAUGGAGUCACACACACUUAUGGUCAACUAGGCUCACAAACGGAAUACGUCUUUUGGUGCAUUUUAUUAGCUUGGCUGUACAACAGUGAAUUUUGUUAGUGAGGGACUUUGUCUCACGUUUUGCUGAUGGGUCAGCUAUGUUCUAGGGUAAGUUAGUGGUGCUGCAUCAGGAUCAAGGUGGUGUCUGAGCCUGCUGUCAGAUGCUACAAAUCUGCACGAGUUUAACAAAUCGGGGAGUGCCCCUCACAUAUUUUAGUUGGGUGGGUUCAUAGUGUGGAUUGGGACGUGUGUUUUCUCCAAGAUGUCCUCAUCUAAUGUACAUGUAUCUCAACUCUCUGUCUGAGGUGAGAGUUAAGACAAUGUUCUUUGGCAAUUUUUCAGCAAUCAAAAUGACCAUCAAAUGUAGUAUUCCCUGACACAAGUUGGCGUGAAAUGAUUAUCAUAAAGUGUAUGUGUUGAGACUUGGAUCAUUUUUAGCUGAAUUGAAUAUCUAUUGAGAACCUCAUUUUAUUGCCCCAUGGAGUCAGGAUGAAUCAGGGCUGCCUUUGUUCCUUUCACUGUAGCUUACAUGUCUGUGUUUAUGGGUUGAUAUAUAUACAUGUCUGUUAUCGUACAUGUAUGAAGACAACUCUUCCCAGUCUCAUGAUUUAGCUAAGAGUUGGUAACCAGCCAGAUUUACAUGGUUUUGGAUCACAGAAGAUGCUUCUCACCUUUUAUUGUGAGAAGACUUGGGUAUAUCUUUGAUUGAACAUGUUGAUAAAGAUAUUUCAGUUUUCAUUUGACGCAUUAUUGAGUUAUCAUAAAUAAUGUGUUGUCAUAUAAUGUAUUUCAUACAUGUACUGGAAUGAAAAAAGUAACUGUAGUUGAUUGCUCUGGCAAGAUGCCUUCUUGACAUUUUUGCCAUGUCACUACUGAUAUGAUCAUAAUGAGUAUUACAAGUACAGUUAGAGUAAGGUCUAAUCUUGACUAUGUGCUGAUCUUACUCUCUGGUGCCAAGGGGAUAGAGCCGACUGAGAAUGGAUUUUGGAACUGAUGAAAUUAGUUGUGGUAUCAGGACCCACCAGGUGUAGAAUAGCCUCCCUCCCUCCACUUAUCGUCAUUUUAGGCUCAAAGAUCUUUGUGAAGGCACACCAUGUAUGGCUAUAGGGCUCAAAGUCAAAUCAGAUAGUAGCUUUCGCUCCCACCUUUUGUCAUUGAGAGUGCCCCGAUGAUUUUGUAUCUGAUACUCAUAAACACGUGUUGUAAACUAGCAUUUUAAGUGUGCCCCUAAUCCCUAAUGUGCGAUGUUGCCAUUGAGCCCUGACGCCUUUCUUUCCUGGUGUUCACUUCACAAAGAAAUGCAGUUUAGAUGUUUUUGUAAGAAUUGAGUAAGAGUCAUUUACAUAAUCUGCAAUCAUCAUCAUUGAAUAGAUGUCAUGUUUUCCAAAUGAUAACAUUGCCAUUUGAGUGUGAGAUGGGUUCCACCACAAAAGCUCUGAGGUACCUGGUCAAUGUUACACUGUUUUACAUGUAAAUUACUUUGUCCAUGUUCAGUAUGGUGUUCACUUGAUCUUUUCAAUGUUUUGUUCAAAAGAGGUAAUCUUGCAUGAAUUUGAUUGCAUGUAUUUCCCGACUUUCAACGCUAGUCCAAAGUGUUCUGAAUCUCUGAUGAAUUAUUCCAGCGUCUGUACAAACAUGUAUAUUCCCAUUCCAUCACAAUUGUAAUGGUCGAUGGUUUGCAUGGCUUAGCUUAUGAGAGUGAGCAAGAACACGAGU